AUGUCCAAGAAGCCCAGCCUCCAGUUACAGCAGCAAAUCCCAGAAGAUGCCUACUGUGAGAAACACCGGGAACCGCACCUGCUGUUCUGCGAUGAGGACCAAAUCACGCUUUGUGACAAGUGCUUCCAGUCCCAGGAGCGUAAGGAUCACAUCGUGUAUGGAGUACAAGAGGCUGCUGAGAAGUAUAGGAAAUUGUUCCAGGAGCUAUUGAUCACAUUGAUGGAGAAACUUGAAAUAGCUAAAAGCCUAUUAGCUGAUGAGCAAGAAAGAAUGGUGAUGGUUCAGGGAGAGGAGCAGAAUUUGAAAGAGAUGAUUGAGUCUGAAUAUAAGAUGAUGUUUCAGUUGAUGGCAGAAGACAAUGAGAUGAACUUCGAGAGCCUGCAAGGGUGCAUAUUCAACCAGAACUUGAGAGAAACCAAUCAGAGUCAAAUGGUAGAGUUAGAGAAGAAGUUCCAUGAAACACUACAGAUGCUUCUACAGAGACUGAACAAUGUGGGGAGAGAGAACAUGAACAAACUGAAGGAAAGUGAAGUCAGGCUCUCGGAAUGUAUCUGCAGUCUCGAAAAGAUCACCGCAGAGCUAAAGAAGAAGUGUGGGGUCUCCACCUUAGCAUUGCUCCAGGAUGCAAGAUACUGUUUGGAAUGUGGUGGGUCACCACUGCUUGAAUGUCUAGAGCCUGCCCAAAUCACAGAACUGAGUUUAUGCCAGAUUCCAGGAAUGAACAAAAUGUUGAAAGUACUCCAAAGACCUAUAACUUUGGAUCCUAAAACAGCUCAUCCCUGUCUUGUCUUAUCUGAGGAUCUGAGAAGUGUAAGACUCAGAAAUGUUCCGCAGGACAUACCUGGCAACCCUGGGAGAUUUGACUUCAGAGCUACUGUUUUGGGUGGGGAUUGCUUCAUCUCUGGGAAGCACUACUGGGAGGUGGAUGUGCAAAAGGCAACAAAGUGGCAGUUGGGUGUAUAUGAAGACCCUGCCCGCAGAAAGGGUGACAUGCCCAAAGCUUAUGGAGAUAAAGUCUUACUCAUGGGCGUCAUGAUGGGAACUGAUUGGACCUUCUGGGUCUUUCCCCCUUUAAAAAGAGUCUCCUUGGGAGAGCCGAUGCACAAAGUUGGAAUUUUCCUAGACUGUAAGAAUCGGCAGAUAUCAUUCUAUGAUGUGACAAAGAGACUCCUCAUUUAUAAUUUCACACAUCUUGCCUUCCAAGGAGCUCUCAGGCCUAUAUUUUCUCUUUGUAUCCCAAACGCAGGCACAUGUUCAGACUCUCUUAGCAUCUGCCUCCCUAAUGUUUCUUCUUGUAAUGUUACUAUUAGCCCCCAAUCUUCUUUGUUGUGA